GCUUUCCGUUCUUUUCGACAUUUUUCCCGAGUGUGACCGGAGGUGUUUCAAUCGCGUGCUUCUUGAAACUCGGCCAAAAGCCCGGUAAACCAGCAAAAUGGUGAAAGUUAAGUGUUCCGAGCUCCGCACGAAGGACAAGAAGGAGCUGACGAAGCAGCUCGAGGAGCUCAAGAAGGAGCUGCUGAAUCUGCGCGUGGCGAAAGUCACCGGUGGUGCUCCGUCGAAGCUGUCAAAGAUCCGUGUGGUCCGCAAGGCGAUCGCUCGCGUGUACAUUGUGAUGAACACGAAGACCAAGGAGAACCUCCGUAAGCUGUACAAGGGCAAGAAGUACGUGCCGCUGGAUCUGCGCCCGAAGAAGACCCGCGCUAUGCGCAAGGCUCUGUCCCGCCAUGACGCCAAACGCCUGACGCUGAAGGAACAACGCAAACGUGCCCGGUUCCCGGUACGCAAGUACGCCGUCAAGGCCUAAGCCAGUAGGCGAGGAAGCCCCCCCCUAGGCUAAGCUGUUCCACCGCCGUCGGUUCGUGUCGCUUCCGCGUGCUGCAUUAUUCUGUUUCCGAGCAACAGCGUACAGCGUAGCUUUUUCGUCCUGCAUCGGGGUCCUGCUCUUGCGGCACGUUACGGAUGGUGAAAGUGUAAUCAGACAACGGUACAAUACAAAUCAAUUUCCUUGGAAACAAA